UCGAGAUCGGCAUAACGGACAUCGCGUCGAUGGUGAAUUCGAAACAGCUGAUAAUUUAUAAAUACCACCAGGUAUUUGAAACCUGACUAUUGGGGAAUAGUUCAUCCUCCUAAGAUUCCUCAUACAUGCAGACUGAAGUUGUUUUUGCGUUUUACCCUUACGAUAUUCGGCCAAAAUGUUGUUGUACUGGAAUAUUCGACGAAGGUUCAUAUUUUGUGUUAUCCCAUUAAUGUUAAAGUUUGCAUUUGCAAACGGAACUGGACGCGGAGAGAAAAGUUUGAUAAGCAAACGGGAAAGAGCAAAGAAUACUUCAUCAUCCUUUGUGUUUAAUAAUAAUGAUCUUCGCGAUGACGAUGUGCCGCAGUGGCAGCGGAUUAAUGAGACAAAAAUCCCAAAAAUUCCCAACCGCCUUCAGACAUAUCUGGUACUGGAUCGGCCACGGGAAUGUACGAAAUUUGUGCAGAUGUGUGUGCCGAUUCCGCGGAAUGUUACGGAAUACCUGAGUUCCAUAAAUGUGCGAUUACGUUACGAUAGUACUACAGAAAGCAAUGACUGGGAAGUGCUGGAAUUCAUUGAAAAAGCGCAAAGGCUGAAAUAUCAUUCCCGCUGUUGGGAUUACGUUCAACCGCUAAUUUUUGCUGUGGCUAUACCCAAAUGUAUACAGCGCCAAAAGCGAUUAAUUCCCAGGAAGGAGUGUCAGGAAAUACAUCAAAUGUGCGGAGAUAAAGUUAUGCGUGCACUUCCGGAAUCCCUGAGUCCACUAAAGACCUGCCAGGAUGAUAAUGUAUUCACUAAUAACAUUAACUGCGAGGAACAAGUAGAAUGGUUUGAAAUGCUGGAGAGCAACAUAACCUUUACCUGUCCACAUCCUAUGACAGCCACCAACGACACAAUUAAAAUUACCCAAGACGAUUGGAACACUAAUGGCAAUUGUGCUGUCCGGUGUCACAAUCCAUUUUUGUCGGAAUCCAUGCAACAAUCCCUGCAUGUUUAUAUUGCCGUAUUAGUCGUCAUGGGUUUUAUUUUCAACGGCACGGCAUUCAUAUCCCUGGCUUUACGGUGGCGCAAACUAACGAAAUAUCCGGAUACAUGUUUGUUGUUUAUCAAUAUUUGUUUCAUCAUGGCGGGAAUUGGAUGGGCUAUUCAGUUUAUACCAGGAGCACGUGACAAAAUUACUUGUUCAGAAGAUCAAACUGAACGAAGCCAUGAACCCAAGUAUUUAAUUUCAAUCGGACAUAUAUCAUUUCGAACCGUAUAUACUAAUGAGAUGAAAGCCAGCGGAAUUUUGCGAAACUAUUCGUUACGAUUUCAUGUAGCGGCGUGGGUAACGCCCUUGCUGCUCUGCCUGAUCGUAAUAGCUACAAGCGGGAUAGACGGCAAUCAUAUUAGUGGAAUUUGUUUUAUUGGGUUAGAAUGGGGCUUCGUUAGAGGUUUCCUGUUGGUGUUACCGCUGAUGUUGGUUGCCAUCACCUCCGGAUUUUUCAUGAUUCGGGGGUUAAUGGUUCUUUACCGGAUAAAAAAGUCAAAAAAUGAAACACUCAGUGCCGAUGACAAGAAAAAUAUUCGGUCCACUAUGCUACAUAUUGGAGCGAUUGCCGUGCUUGUGUGUAUAUGUAUCCUUAUAUCUAUCUUCAUUCACGCACAUUAUUACAUAAAUGCGGCUUAUUAUACCUCAUUGCGCGCAAACUUCAUCAAUUGUCAUCUUCAUAAUCUAAUAGCCGGAAACAACGAUGCCGCUACCGUAUGUACACAGGCACAAAGUUUGGACUUCGAAACCGUGGAACUGGGUGUACAUCUAGCGCUUCAGUUUGUCGCCGGUAUCAUAUUUAGUUCUUGGGUCUGGAGGAAAAACCAAAUUACCAAAUGGGCAAAAACAGUCAAACGGCGGAUGACAACCAAACGCGUGGAUGGAACUUCCCAGCGCUCAUCGACCAUCUCAGUGCGUCCACUGGAGCAGACAGCAAACAGGGAUAACCGAGCCGGAGUGGACAACGUGACCUUUGUCCCCGAUACGCCCGUGGUGCCCGCAUCACCGCGCAUCGAAAUAAUAUUAGCCUCACCGGAUGGAAGCAAUUCACCAGUGGUAAUAUACGGCCGCGUUGUCGAUGCUGUUGAUUCCAUACAACCAUCUGAUUCCGCCACCAGUCCAGGAUAUAAUUCACUACCCGGUACACCGGUUCCCGUCAGUCCCACGGCCAUGGAAGUAGAAAUAGAGGACCGUCUGCAGAAUUGGCAGGAACGUGCCCGCGAAGUCCGUCUGGAGAAGCGUAAAAUCUCGGCCACGAAGCCGCCCACAUCCAUACAACAGUUGCCGGUUAAGCGGGAUUCGCUACAGUUUCUACCCAGCACCCCGCUUCCUGAUAAUACUGUGAUAGUGAAAAUGGACCCCAACGGCAGUAGUGCGUCGCGGUUAAAACAGCGGCGUUUAGGGCGGGUGGAACAUUUCAAGCAGGGACAACUACCGAAACACCUCAUGCAACGGAUGAUCUCAGCGGAGAAUUCCGAUACGAGUCAAUCCGUGGAAAUGAGCGAAUUGUCCAGUUCCUCCAGUAAUAAUCUGGUACAGCCUCCAGUGCCCAUAAAGAGUAUUCUGAAAAACGCAAAAAAUCAGGAGGAAACUGAUGAUAAGAGAAGAGAGAGUCCCGAUGAGGGAAUUGAUAUUGGCAGGCCGGAAACCGGCUCACGUGAAUCUGUGCUUUCAGCGGAACCCGAAUUCGACAGUGACGAUCGCAUUCACUUCCGCCGUGGAACGAUUGAUGCUUCUGAUGCAUGACAAAGUUUUUAUCGUUAUACAGAAUCUUUUACUAUUGCUCCCGUUCGGCGAUUUGACGGAUUUGUUAUAGAUGUUGUCUGAUGUUCUAAUGUUUCGAGUUAUUUUUGUAAAUAUUUAUGGAUGGGUCAACUUCGACAUUUGUGCCUGUUUGACUGCGGCAGCAAGAUAUAUGCAUAUGUAAACUGUGAUCACAGUCAGAUCGAUGGGCUGAAGCCCGGAAGCUUCCUAAAUUAAUUAAGUAAAGGCAAUCUACAGCA